CACUGCUAUUGGUGACGUUUCCGAGAGUGCGCAGGCAAAAGAGAAUAUUCAUCGAAAUAAAAUAAGAUUUAAAUAGUUAUUUAUCUCUUUAAUUGAUGAAGUGAUGAUAUUAAUUAUGAUUAUGUAGUUUUUCACUUUAAGUACGGAGUAAAUAACUGUAUUUGCAUAGUAUUUUAGCAACGGAAGUCGUGUAAUAACAUCACGUCAUGUCGUUGUAUGUGGUUUGCGCAUUGCUGCUUUUGACGCCUAUUCGAGCAUUUUAUUUGCCGGGUUUGGCUCCAGUAAACUAUUGUAUAGCUAGCGAUGACACUAGUAAAUCUUGCAAGACGGAAAUCCCGCUGUAUGUAAAUAGAUUGAACACAGAAGAAUCAGUAAUUCCAUUUGAGUAUCACCACUUUGAUUUCUGUACUACUGAUGAAAGUCAAUCGCCUGUGGAGAAUCUCGGUCAGGUCGUCUUCGGCGAACGAAUACGGCCGAGUCCUUACAAGCUCGAAUUCCUUAAAAAUGUGGAGUGUAAGCCUGUAUGCACGAAGACAUAUAGAGGCUCAGACUCAGAUUCCAACAAACGGUUGAAUCUACUGAAGAUGGGCAUGGCUCUCUCUUACCAGCACCAUUGGAUCCUAGACAACAUGCCUGUGACUUGGUGUUACUUGGUUAAUGAGGGAGGAAAGACCUACUGCAGUACUGGGUUCCCGAUGGGCUGCCAAGUGCGCAAAGACAUGGACACAUGCACACCGAUUGUGAACGGCCAUUCAAGUCGUAUUGGCGCUUAUUACCUUUUCAACCAUGUAGACUUGGAGAUCACGUAUCACAGCGGUAGUGAAGAGGAAUGGGGCGUUGCAUUCGGUGAAAAUGGCGGUCGAAUUAUAUCUGCUAAGGUGAAACCAGCCAGCAUUCGACACACAAACCCAUUAAAACCGGAUUGUUCUGCCCGUGGUGCUGAACUACUCAUACCAACUGAAAUAGAUUCCGACAAAGUCUUCAACAUCACAUACACUUACAGUGUUACCUUUAAAAAGAACAACACUAUCAAAUGGUCUUCACGAUGGGACUAUAUCCUCGAGUCUAUGCCACAAACGAACAUACAAUGGUUCUCCAUUCUAAACUCCUUGGUGAUAGUCUUGUUCCUCAGUGGUAUGGUUGCCAUGAUUUUACUGAGGACUUUGUACAAAGAUAUUGCGAGGUACAACCAAAUGGAAUGUGGUGAAGAUGCACAGGAAGAAUUUGGCUGGAAGUUGGUGCACGGUGACGUAUUCCGUCCUCCGCGGCGUGGUAUGCUGCUGGCUGUCUUCCUCGGAUCUGGAUCUCAGGUGUUCGGCAUGACCUUGGUGACUCUAGCGUUUGCUUGCCUGGGUUUCCUGUCCCCGGCUAACCGCGGUGCUCUGAUGACGUGUGCGCUGGUCGCCUGGGUAUUGCUCGGAGCUGCCGCUGGUUACGUCAGCGCUAGGAUCUACAAGAGCUUCGGCGGCAGGAGGUGGAAGAGCAAUAUUUUGUUAACCUCGAUGGUGUGCCCUGGUGUGGUGUUCUCUCUGUUCUUCAUAAUGAACUUGGUGCUGUGGGGCAAGGGUUCAUCCGCGGCCGUCCCCUUCUCGACCUUGGUGGCUCUGCUCGCUCUCUGGUUUGGUGUCUCUGUACCGCUCACCUUCAUCGGAGCUUACUUCGGUUUUAGGAAGAGGAUCUUAGACCACCCAGUGCGCACGAACCAGAUCCCGCGACAAAUCCCGGAGCAGUCGUUAUACACACAACCCGUUCCCGGCAUCGUGAUGGGAGGUGUACUGCCAUUUGGAUGUAUCUUCAUUCAGCUGUUCUUUAUUCUCAACUCGCUUUGGUCCAGCCAGAUGUACUACAUGUUCGGUUUCCUGUUCCUGGUGUUCGUGAUCCUGGUGAUCACGUGCUCGGAGACGACGAUCCUGUUGUGUUACUUCCACCUGUGCGCGGAGGACUACCACUGGUGGUGGCGCGCCUUCCUGAGCUCGGGCUCCACGGCCGGCUACUUGUUCAUCUACUGCUGCCACUACUUCGUCACCAAGCUCAACAUAGAGGACGCCGCCUCCACCUUCCUCUACUUCGGAUACACCUUCAUCAUGGUCUUCUUAUUUUUCCUCCUCACCGGCACUAUCGGAUUCAUGGCCUGCUUCUGGUUCGUCAGAAAAAUCUACAGUGUCGUCAAAGUCGAUUAAUUUACGCGGCGUUAGGUUAAGUAUCGGGUGUUGGUACAGCGGUAUUGACGAGUCCGUCGUGAGCGCCUAUGUUAUGUAUAAAGCCGAGUUGUUACACCAAAGCGUUGUUUUUCUGAAAAAUGCGCUAUUUGUUGCGUGAGAACCUUCCGCCUAGUCCAUUUGUUUAUGACAUGUCUUGUGUAUUGAUUGCCUGGAAUAGUGACGAGAUCAGUGCUAGGGGAUUUUAAUUAACAAUAAUAAUAUCGAAUCACGGACACGACUACUAUUGCAUUGGAUGUCGAGAUGAGCCACGUGUCCACGUCAGCCCGGCCGCCCGCCGGCCUGUACUGCGGCAGUGGGACAAGUGAGACUGCUGUACACAUUGUGAUUAAUUGUAUAAAACUUUAUAACGCUAAUAUAAUAAAUUGAUAGUCCCUGUGCGUUUUUUAA